AUGGCAUUUUUCGGAGAAGACUACUUUGUCGUUAAAAAGUCCGGCCUUUCCCAAUUCCAAGCCAUGAGUGCUUACUUGGGAGGGUCUGCUUUCCAAACAUUGAUGGACAACCCAGUUACCGCUUACCGUCAGCUUGUGCAACAGUACGCUAAGGAUGCUGCUGGAAAGGCAGUUGAUCCCAAAAUCGCUUCGGAAGAAGCCAAGUCUGUCUUCCGCGCCCACCCCGUUUCUGCUUCUAUGAGUGGUGUCGGUCCUCGUUUGAUUGGAGUUGGUUUCAAGCGCAUCCCCAAGUUUGGCAUUUUGUUGGGAAUUUCUUUCUUCUUGGGAGAAGGAGAAUCUCCUGGAGCUGUUGCUGCCACUGGAGCUUCCAUUCUUUCUGCUCCCUUCAUCAAUCCCAUCAGAAUGAUUGAAAAGCAACAACGUGCCUUCUUCAAGCAAACUGGUGCCACCAAGCCCAUCAUGGAGAUCAUCCGAGAGUCUGCUGCUCAAAGAUUUGUUCCCCUCUUCCGUGGAACCGUUCCUCUUAUGGGUCACUCUUUGGCCAGCGCCUUGUUGGGAUUGGUUGGACAACCUCGUCUCCAAAAAUACGUGCAAAAGGAAGUCGGUGAAAAGACUGGAAUGGGACGAUCGGCCACUGGUUUAAUCGCUUCCUCCGUUGUUUCUCCCAUCUACGUCGUCGUCACUAAUCCUCUUUCUCGAUUGGAAGUCAUCAUGCAAACCAGCAAGAUUUCGGGCAAGCCCAUUAGUGUCGUCGAGGCCAUUCAGGAAGUCAUUCGCGAUUCUACACAAUUUGGAAUGAGAGGUAUUUUCAGAGGACAAGGUAUUGGUAUCAUGAAGGCCGUCAUUUCGUUGACUCUGUUCCACGAAGGUCGCAUGUUCCUCCAAGACGUUCUAAAGCAACGUAACAUUGACAAGGGGUACUACAAUCCAGAAGAUUUCAAAUAG